AUGGCCCGAAGAUAUGAUAGUCGAACAACAAUAUUCUCUCCGGAAGGCCGGCUUUACCAAAUCGAAUAUGCCAUGGAAGCCAUUUCGCACGCAGGAACAGUCCUCGGCGUACUCGCAAAGGACGGUGUUGUCCUGGCCGCUGAGAAACGUGUGACAGGGAAGCUCCUAGAUCUUUCCAGCGCAAAGGAAGGUGGGGGCUACGGCGGCAGUGGAGAGAAGAUGUUCUUAUUAAACUCAAAUGUAAUCGGAGGAGUUGCAGGCAUCACGUCCGAUGCGAAUUCGCUAGUGAACUACGCGCGGACUGUGGCACAACAACAUCUUUUGCAGUAUAACGAUGAUAUACCAGUUGAGCUUCUUGCACAGCGAUUGUGCGAUAUGAAGCAAGGAUAUACGCAAUUCGGAGGUCUGCGUCCUUUUGGUGUCUCCCUGCUAUAUGCAGGCUAUGACCCACAUUACCAUUUCCAAUUGUACCAUUCCGACCCAUCUGGCAACUACUCUGGGUGGAAAGCAACAUGCAUCGGGGCGAACAAUGGCACGGCACAGAGUUUACUCAAACAAGAAUACAAAGACGACUUGGGCGUCGAGGAGGCUAUCGGGCUUGUACUGAGGGUAAUGAGCAAGACGAUGGACAGCACAACUCUUGGAAGCGAAAAGCUCGAAUUUGCAGUCCUCACAUACGACCAAGUAGCAAAAGCACCAAAAGCUAAGAUUUACAAACCUGCAGAAAUUGAUGCUCUGCUUCGGGCGGAAGGGCUUGCGAAGAAGGAUGAGGAUACAGAGAUGAAGUAA